CACUGUGCUUGGGAGUAAAUUGUAACCUUUGGGAUCCAAGUGAACGUAAUUAACGACGCGUGUAUGGUUUAAUAUGUUUUGUCUCGGCGCCAUGCCUAAAGGUCGCCAGAUGCCUCCCAAAGGUAAUGUAUUGCCUCGGAUGAAGAGCAGCGUGGGGCAGACGGGAUAGAGUUUCUCCCCGCCCGCCGGAUAAACCGAUGCAGGCGGUGGCCGGCGGCGCUCGGCUGCGGUCGCUGCCCGGCGCGGUGUUCCGUCUCCUGGGGCGACACGCAGGGCUAGUCGGCUUAGGAUGCCUUCUCUGUGGAAACGGAUAAGCUUCUCGGCGGCCUCGGUGCUCUGCGUCGGAUCCGUGGCCCUCCUAUUGGUGGCCCUGUCCACGGAACGCUGGGUCACCGGGCACUUCCUGUGCAAAACCGGCGUCGACCUCGUCAACGCGUCCCACCCUGAGCUGGAGCUGUUCACCGGGCACGUCUACUACGGUCUCUUCCGCGGAGGCAAGACAAAGAAGUGCGGGCUUGGGACUAGGCGUUCCAAAAUCCACAUCUUCCCAAAGCUGGUGCACACACUGAACGGCGGACUUCACGUGAUGGUGAUCCUCUUCCUGCUGGCGGCCGUAUUCUUUGCAUUGGUCAGCCUGUCCUUCAGCAUUUACAAUGCACGCAAGGUCCCCUACCAGAGCAUCAAGGGUCACAAGGGACUCUACCUGUGGAAUGUCAUCGCCGCUGUUUUGGUCACCCUGGCUGCUGUUUGCUUCCUGGCAGCUGUGAGGCACCACAGCCUCACCGAGCGCGUGGUCAACUACAGGGAGAAUCUCUUCGCUUUGGUUGUCCUCGAUGAUAAGCUUGACUGGUCCUUCUGGCUGAGCAUUGCCAGUGCAACCACUCACCUGGCCGUGUGUGGAGUGGUCGCCAUGAGUCGUAUCAAGCUGCCUAAAGCGGAGGUCAAAAUGCCUGAGCAGCCCACCAUCUCCUCACUGGAUCUACUCUACUGACAGUUACAGUAAAGAUGGUGCCAAUGACUGUUUGCUUUCGAGAAACUUGCCAAGUAGACACAAUGUUACACGAGAAUUGGAUCAAAUAAUAAUAAUAAUACAUUUUAUUUAUAAAUUACCUGCAUUGAUCAUCUGAACAUGACAGCAUGAUCAUAAUGGCCAAUAUUCCUGUUUAUGGUCACAAAAUUACACAAGAUACCAUAGAAAAAUUUAAAAAGCACUUUUUAUUUUGCAUGUUGUUCAUGUACUGAUGUUGUAAAGGACAUUUGUUUUGUAUGUGCUUACAUAUCUAUUAUUUACUGAGGCUAUUCAUCCCUAAAGGCUUCUGUGUAUCAGAUAAAAUAAAUGUGUCAGUUAAUUUUU